GCUUAAGUAAGAGUUAUAAUAAGUUUAGGUGUCACAAUGAGAAAUGACUCAAACUCAAAUACUUAAACAAAAGUUGAUACAAUUGCAAAAUUCUUGCAGAAAAUGGAUGAUGAUAUUGUGAUGUUGGACAAGCUCCCACCCCAUUUGAAACCCUUACUGGACACUUUUAUAAAAGAUGCUAAAUCUGAAGUGAAGUACAGCUCAAGAUUAGUAGUUCUUCUUAUCAUUGUUGGACUAUUAGUGAUCUUUCUUGUUGGAAACUUCAUACUAUACAAGUAUGCUAUGAAGAAUCUCCCUCCAAGAAAGACCAAACCGAAAUCGAAAUCGAAAAAGAAGAUCAAAAAGGAGAGGCUUCUUAUGCAGGGAGAGUAAAAAAUAGAGUUGUGUUGUACUUGUUUGUAGUACUUUAAUGUUUUCUUUUUUAGUUUAAUGUGGCUAAGAAAUAGAGAGUAUUUAAACACUUGUUGUUGUUGUUGUUGUUGGUUGUUUAAUAUGUGUUUCAAAUGGGACUUUUUGGUAUAUUUAUUUAUCAUGCUCUUGAAUGAUAAAUAGAAUACUUAAAACUUUUCUUUUGGUUAAAGGAUCAUCAUCCUUGGCUCU